ACGCGUUGAGGGCUUCCUCAUCUAUCGGAAACCAGCUUACCGAGCAUUUCAAUAUCUGGAAACAAGUUCCCGUGUAGUGAACUCGGAUCAUAAAAACUUACAUUAUGUCAAUGAUGGCAAGGGGUCCGCCUGUUUCGGAAGGGCAGGUCUGAUCUCACCCGCAAAAGAUCGCGCCCACGACAAACGAACUAUCAGCAAAACGAUAGUUCAUGCGGAAGCCAUUUCUGCAGAAAAAUCGCGCUGUAAUAAAACCAUGGCAUCCGAUUCAGCCAAAUCGACGCCCCACGGCUCGCCCGCUCGCAACGGGGCGAGAAGUGAUAAAAGAACUACGAUUAAAGUACACUGUCCAAACGACAAAUUUAAUAUGGUGUGCUUUGAUGAAAUGACCGAUGCUCGUGAUAUCAUAUCCAGGAUAGUGACUGGUAUGCGUCCAGGAACCAGAGCGUUUGCUGGAUGUUACGCGCUCAGGCUUCGAAAUUUAGCAGACGGAGAGGUCGUAUGGCUGUCUCAUGAUGAUUCCAUGACUAAAGUGUUAGAGCGUUGUUCCGGUCCAGGUUCAUGGAGAUGUGAAUUAAGAAUUCGAUAUCUACCCGCUAGUCUAAAAACCAUGCUUGAACGGGAUACUGCGACAUUUCACUACUAUUACGAUCAGGUUAGAAAUGAUUACUUGCAAAACACUCACCCAAAUUUGGAUCAGGAAGUUGCCGUACAGUUAUGUUGUUUGGAAAUUCGACAUGUUUAUAAUAAUCCACAGAUUACGUUGGAUAAAAAAUCGAGUUUAGAUUAUUUGGAAAGAGAGGUUGGUUUGCACAAGUUUUUUCCAAAAGGUGUAUUAGAAAGUUUCAAACCAAAAACCCUACGCAAAAUGAUUCAGUCGCAUUACAAAAAAGUAGCUUCCUUGACUGAAACAGAAGCAAUGCUCAAGUACUUUGAUAUUUUAAGAGGAAAUUUUGAAUUUGAUCAAGAACAUUUUAUUGUAGCAUUAGGAUCUGGUUGGACUAUACCAGUAGAAUUAGUGAUAGGUCCUAAUAUUGAAAUUUCAUAUAUAACACAUCGUGGAGCAUUACCAAAUAAAAUAGCCGAUUUUGCCCUGGUAAAAAGUAUUCGAACCAUAGGUCCGGAUUGCACUAAAUCUGAUAGCAAAGGAAAAGCUGCUAUUAGACUGACAGUGAAAGGCACUGAAGAACCUUUAACAAUAUCUUGUCACACACUUGAGACGGCAGAGAGUAUUGCGGAUUUAAUAGAUGGUUAUUGUCAACUUGUUAAUGGAAAUCAAAUAUCACUUUGGACAAAAUCCGAGGAAGUACAGCAAAUUGCGGAACAGCAACAGCCUGACACAGCAGCAGCUCAUUCUGGUACAAAUAAUAUCAAACCCAUGUUAGCAGAAGAUUAUGCUGAUGUGCCAGAUGAAGAAGGGGAUUAUUCUACACCAUCAACACAAGAUUAUAAACUAGAAAGAUCACAAAUAACAUUAUUAGAAAUAAUUGGCGAGGGUCAAUUCGGCGAUGUUCAUAAAGGUGUGUGUACACCAAAAAUGAUUGCAGGAUUGCCUUUAUGCCCUCAAGAAGUAGCUGUGAAGACUUGCAAAACUGAUAACGAUCCAGAGAAAGCUGAAAAGUUCCUAGAAGAAGCGUAUAUAAUGCAGAAGUUCGAGCAUCCGCAUAUCAUAAAAUUAAUCGGAGUGUGUGACGAACCUCCAAUUUGGAUCGUUAUGGAGUUAGCUAAAUUUGGUGAACUAAGGGCAUAUUUGCAACAGAAUAAGCAUAGAAUGGAAUUAGGCACUCUUCUUUUAUACACAUAUCAGUUAUCAACAGCAUUAAGUUAUUUGGAAAGUAAAAAAUUCGUUCACAGAGAUAUUGCUGCACGAAAUGUUCUAGUUAGCGCUCAUACUUGUGUUAAGUUAGCAGAUUUUGGAUUAUCACGUGAAGUUCUAAGUUAUUAUGAAGCUUCAAGAGGAAAAUUGCCUAUCAAGUGGAUGGCGCCAGAAUCAAUAAAUUUUAGGAGAUUUACUACUGCCAGUGAUGUUUGGAUGUUUGGUGUAUGUAUGUGGGAGAUUUUAAUGCUUGGAGUGAAACCAUUUCAAGGAGUUCGCAAUAAUGAUGUUAUAGGAAAGCUAGAUAAUGGAGAACGUUUAGCACUGCCACAAUUGUGCCCCCCUAGACUUUAUAGCCUUAUGAGUCAAUGCUGGAGCUAUGAGCCUUCUAAACGACCUACAUUUAAACAUAUUAAAGAAGUCUUGAAUGAGAUUUUGAUGGAAGAAAAACAUAGCGCGAACGAAACAAUGCGUCGCGAAAAUCGUCGUGUGGCUGCUAUGUCUUGGAGUGGUGCAUCUGGAGAACAAGAUGUGGCUCCACCGAAACCAGCCAGACCCAAUCUCAUAAAAUGGGAUUAUUUAGAUUAA